CAGGAAACCUGCCUCCUGGAUCAGGUUCUGGAGCUGAUUAUGAAUGAGAAGCCUCCAAACAGCACCAGUCUAUUCCUGAAGGAGGACUCUGAGAAGCCGCCCCUGGCCGAUAGAGGAGCUGUUCAGAGGCUGACGAGGGCCAUGGAGAAGAGAACGUCCAGCGUGAAGGACAGGAUGACCUCCGUCACCUGGGAGAGCGUCAAGGGCUUCCUCAAACGCAACCUGUUUGUCAUCUUUACCAUAGCGGCCGUGGCUCUGGGCGUGAUGCUGGGCUUCGCCCUGCGACCCCACAACCUGACCCUCAGGGACAUCAAGUACUUCUCCUUCCCUGGGGAGCUGCUGAUGAGGAUGCUGAAGAUGCUGGUGCUGCCCCUCAUCGUGUCCAGCCUGGUCACAGGCAUCUCCUCUCUGGACAGCAAGGCUUCUGGGAAGAUGGGCAUACGCGCCGUGGUUUACUACAUGGUCACCACCUUGGUGGCAGUCUUCAUUGGCAUCGUCAUGGUGAUGAUCAUCCGUCCUGGGCAGGGCAGAAGGGACAGACCAGUGGCCACUAGUGGCAGCAUUGAACCGGUGCAGGCUGCAGAUGCCUUCCUGGACCUCAUCAGAAACAUGUUUCCUCCGAACUUGGUGGAAGCCUGCUUCAAACAGUAUAAAACCGUUUACAAGAAGACCAUCACCAUCAGGAACGUAACUCAGGCUGUCAAUCAAACCGAGGAGUUCUCCCACAACACCACGGAUGCCCUGGCUAAUGUGAACAUCACCACCGUCCUGCAGACCAUACAGGAGAGCGUGGAGGAGGUGGUCCCCAUGUCGGGCUCCUCCGGCGGGGUCAACGCCCUGGGCCUGGUGGUGUUCUCCAUGUGCUUUGGCCUGGUCAUCGGGAGCAUGAAGCAGCAGGGCCAGGCGCUGAGAGACUUCUUUGACGGCCUCAACGAAGCCAUCAUGAGGCUGGUCGCCAUCAUCAUCUGGUACGCCCCUGUAGGCAUCCUGUUCCUCAUAGCGGGGAAGAUCGUGGAGAUGAAGGACCUAGCGGAGAUGGGGGGUCAGCUGGGGAUGUACACGGUGACGGUCAUCACGGGGCUGCUCAUCCACGGCCUGCUCAUCCUGCCUCUGCUCUACUUCCUGGUCACCAGGAAAAACCCCUUCACCUUCAUAGGAGGCCUCCUGCAGGCCCUCAUCACCGCCCUCGGCACCUCCUCCAGCUCCGCCACCCUGCCCAUCACCUUCCGCUGCCUGGAGGAGAACAACAAGGUGGACAAGCGUGUGACCCGCUUCGUGCUGCCCGUGGGAGCCACCAUCAACAUGGACGGUACUGCCCUGUACGAGGCAGUGGCCGCCAUCUUCAUCGCUCAGGUCAACGACAUGGACCUCAACUUUGGCCAGAUCCUCACCAUCAGUAUCACGGCAACCGCUGCCAGCAUCGGAGCUGCAGGCAUCCCUCAGGCUGGCCUGGUUACCAUGGUGAUCGUAUUGACAUCGGUGGGACUUCCUACUGAGGACAUAACACUGAUCAUCGCCGUGGAUUGGUUCCUGGAUCGUCUGCGGACCACCACCAACGUGCUUGGCGACUCGCUGGGCGCGGGCAUCGUGGAGCACCUCUCACGGCAGGAGCUGCAGCGCCAGGACGCAGAGACGGGCAACUCUGUCAUCGAGGAGAACGAGAAGCCCUACCAGCUCAUCUGCCAGGAGAACGACUCCCUCAAACACCACAACAGCGAGACCCCCAUGUGAUAGCUGGGCCGGACCAGGACCAGGACCAGGGCCAGCCCAGACCAAGACCAGACUAGACCCAAACCCGGACCAGACCCGGACCCAGACCCAGACCCAGACGCAGACCCAGACUAAACCAGAUGAGGCUCAGUGAUUCCUAACUAAAGAUGUUAUGUUCCGUAUCUGUGAGAAUGUUUUCAUUGCCACGUCAGUUUAACAAAAUUGAUUCCCUUUUGCUAACAUUCAGGGAGACAAGUAAGAUACAGUUCGGAGUUAUACAAUUACAAUUCUGACAUGGGUGCAAAUAGGUUGUUGAGACAAGUGUCAUUCAGCUAGUUUCUUAUAUUUCUUGAUGUCCCAAAUAGUUGUUGUUCGCCUUUAUAGUACCCUGAGGAUUCUGUAGAUAUAUGCUUGUCAUUUUGUAAAUCUACCUCUUAAGUCAUUAAACUAUUACGAUUCAUUCCCUCCUAUGUGCCAGCGUUUCAGACCAUACAAAUCUCACGGAUUAAGCACAUAUCAAGAAUGUAUUUGACCGAGCCUAAAGGUGCGUGAACUGCAUCAACCGAAUGUAAAUAAACUUGUUCAUAUUUUACACUUUUCUUUAUUACAUAUAGUAAUAAUAGUUUAUAUAUCUAAAGUAACAUAUUCAGUUAGUUUAAAACCUUUUGAGAAAACAAACCGGCUGUUUAUAUUUUUUCUGGAAAGGAAUGUUGACAUCGUAGAAUCAUUCUUACUGAAUUUUAAUCCUGAGAUUAAUUUGAAUGGAGGAUUAUGGGCUGGAGGGACUGAAACAAUGUUUGUUAGUUGUUGUUGUUUGUUUGUUGUUUCUUUCAUUCAUGUUGGAUAUUUUGGAGUUUCUUCUGCCUCCCCCGAUACAUAGUGAUUAGUUUAGUUUAGUGAUAUGUUACGGUUGUAGGCCUAUGACAGAACUUGCUCUUACAUCUUAUUGCAGGAGCAAUAAGCUGAAUUGCAGAAAAGGACAAAUAACGUAAAGAUAUGAUCCCUAUAUUCUUGUGAAUUUAUGUUGAUAGCUUUGCUGAUUUUGUGUAAAAUGAGACUGUAAAGUUUUUUGAAAAUGUUAUUAUUUCUAAUGUAAUUGUUUAUAUUUUAAGUGCCACUAUCUUUGAUGUUUCAGUAAAGUUUUUAAAUAUUAGCCAGUGCAUUUAAGUCUUCAAAAUAGUGUGUGAAGUAGUUUUUGGUUUACUUAGUUAUUUGGGUUUCUAAUGUUUCUCGUGAAAUGGCUAGGAUGUGUGUUGCCUUUGAGAAUGUGACUCUUAAUAUUUUGAUGGAGGAUUUUUUA